CUUGUCAGACUUCAAUAAGUUUUCAAGCCGGCAAACAGCAAGAAUAUAAAUCAUUCUGUCGCACUUAUAAUUGCGACUUGCGACAGUCAAAAGCUUUAUGCACAAAAGUCAGUAUAUUAAUUACUUUCACUUGGUUCAUAAAACUUAAGUUUGAGAUUGUCAUUUUUAUUGAUUAUGACGCGUAAAGUGAAGAAUGUUUUGUUAAUGGUGACAAAUGUUGGCUCAACAAGUUUGGAGCAGAAUUCUUACGAAGAUGAGCCGUUUAUAGAUAAGGCAAAAUAUGCUAUGAAACUUUUGGUUGAAAAGAAACUUUUCCUGCAACCGAAAGAUGAAAUUGGCAUUAUAACAAUGGGAGAUGAAACAAGUGAUAAUCCUGAAGGUAUGGAUUAUGUUAAAAAUUACAAGGACCACUUGUUAGUACCUAAUUGGGAAAUGUUAAAAUAUAUCAAUAAUUUAAAUAAUUCGAAUAAGCCUUGCAAUUGGAUUGAAGGACUUCAUGUUGCUUUGAAUUUCAUACAAAGAGAAAUUAUAGAUCCAAAUUAUAGAGUAUUUUUAGUUAUUUUUAAUAAUUUUAAAGAAAAAGAUGAUGAUAUAAAUAGUUAUGAUCCUGAUAUAAUAGUUAAUGAUAUAAAGAGAUGUGAUAAUAUACAUUUAUUAUUUGUAGGAGAAAAUCCACUUGAUGAUAAUAGCUGGAAAAAAAAAUAUGCAUCUUUCAGUGAAAAGUUUGCAAUGAAAAUUAUGAAAAAAUGUAAUGGUCAAUACGAGCAGAUAAAUUCCUUCAUCAAUAAAAGAAAAUUUUAUAUUGCACCACCAGUUAAUGCUACUGCAUGGAAAUUUAAUCUUGAAAUAGCUGAAAUUUGUAUUCCAUGCUCUUCUUAUGUGAAGGUAAAUGAAAAUAUUAAACUUGAAUCUUGGAAAAUGAAGGCUAUCAAUAAUGAAGAUUUAUUGAAUACCAGUACAGACAAUUUGUCUAGUUUGUUACCAUCACGCAAUAAUACAUUUAAGGUUGUCAAAGAAAAGUUGAGGCUUGAUGCACAAAGAAAUGAAAUGACUGCUGAUGAAAUUAUCAAUGGUUACAAAUUUGGAAGGCAUUACAUACCUGUUUCAGAGGAAGAUGAAAAAGCAAUGAAGUAUGAGGGUGGUUCAAAAGGUAUGGUUAUUUAUGGUUUUGUUCCACAAAAUGAUAUCAAAUUAGAGUACUGGUGUGGAAAGGGAACGCGAAUUAUUGUUCCACAAUCAGAAAAUGAUGCUUCAGCAUUUUAUAGUCUUCUUCGAGCUAUGGAUGUGAAUAAGUAUGUAGCUAUAGUAAGAAAAGUUUAUGCACAUAAUAAUUUACCAAAAAUGGGAGCUCUUUUUCCCAGAAUGGCUGAUGAUGAAGCCUGGUGUUUAGUACACUUGGAAUUACCUUAUAGUGAUGAAAUCAGAUUUAUUGAAAAAAAACCAAUAAAAUCAUUGAGUAAAAAUAUCAAUGAAGAACAGGUGAAAGCUUUGGAUGACUGGAUUGAUUCUAUGACUGUAUCUUAUGAAAAUUUGCCUUAUUUAAAUCCUGGUUUCUUCCCUAACAUACCGCAUCAGUACCACUGGAAUGUCAUGGCUGAUAGAGUUCUUAAUCCUGGAAAUUCUUUAUUACCUUUACCAACAUACUUGUACCAAUACUUAAUACCGCCAGAGCAAGUAAAAAGACAAGCUAAACCUCAUCUUGACAAAUUAAACAAAUUAUUUGGCUGGAGCAAUGAACAGAUUGUAAAAAAGAAACAAAUGACUACUGUUGUUACAAUUGAAAAAUCUAAUCCUGAUAUAGGUGUUGCUAUCGCUGAAAAGAAUAGGGAUUCCUUUGAUAAAAACCCUAGUGAUGAAGGAAUCUUUUCUCCAGAAAAUAUUGAUAUCGACACAGCAGAGUUGGAUAAUAUAUAAAUUAUAUUUCGAAAAAUUAAUCAAUAUUGAUUUUAAAUUAUUUCCCUCUUUUUUACUUCAUUAUUUUGUAUUUUUGCCUAAAAUAAUUGUCAAAGCGCUAUCUAAUAUCGUUACAAAAGUUGGUUCUUUUACCUUUAACUGAAAUGUAUAACUGCAAUUAAAUUAUUUAUUUUUAAUAACUCAUAUUGAUUGAAUCAUUUAAUAAAAAAUUCCUUUUUU